CGGAGCAGGGCGUUCUCCCUUCUCCGGGGCAGAUCACGCACGCACACAUAUGCACAAAUACACUCGCGUGCGCGCGCUCCCACACAGGGGCGCAGACAUUAGCCUGGCUAGGCUCAGCCGCGCCCCCACCCUGCCAAGCUGUGUGAUCUGCACACACGGGAAAGCGCCAUCCACCCACGUGCUGGGGGCGGGGUCCCGGCAGCCCACAGCACCUCCAGAAGGCACCUAGCAGGUAGGAGCAGUUGGGACCCUCUGUCCAAGCCACAUCCUCAGUCCCAUUGGUGGUGGUGGUGAGGGGGGACCGGCGUGUGUGAGAGGAAUGGAAGAGGGUCGCUGACAAGGGUCAACUCUGAGCGGCAGGUUGGAGCCCUAACCGAGGAGAUUGCAUGUGGAGAGGAGAGACAGGUGUGGAAACAAAGGGAGCAGGUUGGUAGUCAAAAAAGCAAAGAGAGACCGAGAGAGACAAGCUAAACAACAGAGGGCAGUAGAGGCACGGACGAGAAAAGGUUGUGGGGGACAGAAAAGGGAAGAUGUCUGUCUGGGGUCGAGAAAGAAGAGGUGGCCGAGACGGUCACAAGACAGGUGUGAAGACAUAGGGUGCACGCGAGAGACUCAUGAGCAAGAGGAUGUGAAGGCCCAGCAGAGGUACCGGGGCAGGUUUUCCACUUUACCGGCAAGAAUGGUGGUGCAAGGGGUCCCAUGAGGAGGGAGGAGCCGCUGUGGAUUCACAGAUCACAGGCCGCCCUCGCUGGGCCACGGGAUCCCGGACCUGUAUCCCAUGGACCGGCACCGCCCGGACUUCGUUUCUGUGCGUCAGUCCCUCCCGUUGCCUUGGCAACAGGUUCGUUGCCCAGCAACCAGCACUGCUAUCACCGGUGCUGCCUGGAGCCUGGCGGUAGCUCAGGGCAACAGUGGUCUGCUGGUUCCCACGCCUGCCUGCGCCCAUUUCCGGUUCAAGCCCUUGGGAAGAGCAAGGAAGGGGUAGAAGAGAAUGGAUGGGAAAGAGAAUGGAUGGGGUGGCAUACCGUGGGAGUAUCCCUUUGUGAUGGAAUUGGGUCACCCAAAGCCCGCCAUUGGCGUGAAGAGGCUGAGAUUAACUCCCAGUGUGCAUCAAAAAUCAAUGGGACUUAGGGUUCUUUGAUGCGUGAGAAAACUCAUUGGAUGCUUUGGGUAGGAGUGGGGUUGGGGGAUAGAGUAUUUGGGUACCUCUGCAGGAAGCACCGCAGGACCCCGACGCCAUGUUCCUGGAACCCCCGACCCCAGGGUCUCCAGCACCUGAGAAACCUCCAGACUCCAGCCGCAUCAGGCAGGGCGCAGUGCCUGCCUGGGUCCUGGCUACCAUCGUGCUGGGCUCAGGCCUCCUGGUCUUCAGCAGCUGUUUCUGUCUCUACCGGAAGCGCUAUCGAAGACGGAUAGGCAAAAAGAGUCAGGCUCAAGCCCAAGUCCAUCUUCAGGAAGUGAAGGAGCUGGGCCGGAGUUACAUAGAUAAGGUUCAGCCUGAAAUAGAGGAGCUGGACCCCUCACCCUCCAUGCCAGGACAGCAGGUAUCAGACAAGCACCAGCUAGGCCGACUGCAGUAUUCACUGGAUUAUGACUUCCAGACUGGCCAGCUCUUGGUGGGCAUCUUGCAAGCUGAGGGACUGGCGGCAUUGGACCUAGGAGGUUCCUCAGAUCCCUAUGUUAGUGUCUAUCUGCUGCCAGACAAGCGGAGGCGACAUGAGACCAAGGUGCAUCGGCAGACCCUGAAUCCACACUUUGGAGAGACAUUUGCCUUCAAGGUCCCAUACGUGGAACUAGGGGGCAGAGUGCUAGUCAUGGCAGUGUAUGACUUCGAUCGCUUCUCCCGAAAUGAUGCCAUCGGGGAGGUGCGCGUGCCUAUGAGUUCAGUGAACCUAGGGCGGCCAGUGCAGGCCUGGAGAGAGCUGCAGGUGGCUCCCAAAGAGGAGGAGAAGCUGGGGGAUAUCUGCUUCUCUCUCCGCUACGUCCCCACGGCCGGGAAGCUCACCGUUAUUGUCCUGGAAGCUAAAAACCUGAAGAAAAUGGAUGUGGGAGGACUCUCAGAUCCCUAUGUCAAGGUGCACCUGCUCCAGGGAGGUAAAAAGGUUCGGAAGAAGAAAACCACCAUUAAGAAGAACACUCUGAACCCCUAUUACAACGAGGCCUUCAGCUUUGAGGUGCCCUGUGACCAGGUGCAGAAAGUCCAGGUGGAGCUGACUGUUUUGGAUUAUGACAAACUGGGGAAGAAUGAGGCCAUCGGGAGAGUGGCGGUGGGCGCAGCAGUCGGUGGGGCUGGCCUACGCCACUGGGCUGACAUGUUGGCCAACCCCAGGAGGCCCAUUGCCCAGUGGCAUUCUCUGCGGCCCCCUGACAGAUCCAGGCCAAUGCCUGCACCCUGAUUUCCAACAGGCAAGCACCUGACCCCGGAUACCUUGCUCCCAGCCCGUUAUCCUUCUCCCCACAUGCCUCUCCCUACUCCCCAAACAUUGCAUUCAUUCCCACCUCCACAUUGGAAAUGUUUCCCACUUCCAUCCAGUGCCACUCCAAUACCCAGAAACCACAGUGAUCCUGCGGGGAGGUGGGAAAGUCUGGCAUCCCCUGCCCCAGGGUCCUACCCUCUGCUUUGACAAUCAGCUGUGAAGCCUCGGACCUCCUUUCUCCCAGUCUCUUAGCUCUUCCUACACAGCUUGACCCCUGUGCUGCUCCUGGGGCCAAAUAAAUACUCAACAGCUUGGAGGCCCA